CUAAAAAGAAAAUACAAUGUGAUGUUUUCGAAGAUCAAUGAAGAAUAUGAAGAUUCCAAACUUCGCUUAAAACCAAAACUGAACAACGGAAUAAUGAACCAAAGCUGGGACCUCAAAGAAGACCAUCGUAACCUAAACAUUCGGAACCAAGAAGAGCUUGACCGUUCACUAGACGAAAAUAGCCAAGACCAAAUGGAACAAAGUGAUGGAGAUGAUAGUCACAGUCUUCUUGAGAGCCUCUCAUUAGAAGGAAUUAACCUCAGAGUAAGAGACUUGGAUAACAAAAAGCCUCUUCCGAAAUCGAACCUAUCUACGAAACGGGAGUAUGGCUUACACAAAGGGAGUUUGCUCCAUGAGAAGAUUCACUCUCUCCAGGAGAAAAUUGAUGACCACACUUCUCCAAAUGACAAAGGGAAAUAAGUUCAAACGAAACCCAAAGAAGCCCAGAGCUGGGCUCUAUAGUAACAAAAAGAAAUCUUCUAAAAAUUCAAUAAUCUUAUCAGCAAAGAAGAGGAGGAGACCUCCAAGUGCAUGGAAAUGAAGCACUGAUGUCAAGCCUUCAGCUCAGAGGAGCUUUGCAGACAUAGCUCCAAGCCAGGUCUCUCAAAAUAGCUCGAUCCAUAAGCUUGAAAGCAUCAACGAUAAGAAUAUUUACAAGAACCUCAAAGCAAAGAACUCUAGACCCUUAACUGCGAAUAAAUCGGUGAAUCAAGGUAUCAGUAGAAAGUCUAAAAUGCGGUCUAAUGUCCGCAUUAUGAACUUCUAUGAAUCAUACCAACAAAACAGCAGAGAAGUUACCCCUGCUAGGACAGUCAGAAGGGAAGUCUCUUACAGUAAAUCUCUGAAGAAGAACGAGUCUAGGUUGAAAAAUAUGAAGAAACUAUGAAGGCAUACAAACAAAUCGAUCAAUGCUAAUGGACCCUCCUUGUUAUCAACACAAGGUGUUCGACCUCAAUCUGUAGAUUAUAGAAGUUUUAGGAAAGUCAAUGCAUCAUUUGACACAACUCUGGUCAACAAUAGUCCUGAAAGGGUAGAACCGGCAUCUCCUCUAAAGACUCAGGUUCUGAACGAAGAGGAGCUAAUGUACAUCUUCCAGGCAAAGUGAAAGGAUCUAGGAUUCCCAGUCAACGUUAACCAAUUUGAGAGAUUUAAACGAUAUAUUCACAAAGAGAGCAAAAAUGGUAAACUUAAAAUGAUCAACCUUGGUCUGUCAACCAAUACCAUCCAUGCUCUCUACGAUGUAAUGCUGACCAAUCAGAAAAUCAAGAGGUUAUAUCUCAGCAAAAAUAAGCUUAAAAAUGAAGGUGCAAAAGUUAUUUCGAAGAUUAUCAAAACAACCUCAAAUAUUAUCCAUUUGGACAUUUCAUCAAAUGGCAUUAACCAUAUUGGGCUAGACUAUAUAGUGCAGUCGCUUCUCCGUUCAAACACUUUGGUUUCGCUUAACCUCUCUUCUACUGAUAUGUCGAAUAAGAACAGAGUAGCUGUAAAAGGAGCUAAAUUACUUGCAAAGUUGCUAAGAAAGUCUCCAUACAUCCAAUUCUUGAACCUAAACUGUACCGCACUAUGAAAUCCAGGGAUCAAAGAAAAUAUUAACUUAAUAAGCCUCAGUCUCAAAGGAAACGAGAUUACUAAUGAAUCUUCCAAGAUCAUCGCGGAAGUCCUCAACUCUUCUGCCUUGGAAUAUCUUGACCUAAGCGAUAAUAACUUUGGAAAUCCAGGAAUCAAUGAACUUUCUUAUGCUAUCCGAUCUGAGAAAUGAAAAUUAAGAAUACUAAAGUUAAAGAAUUGUGGUUUUAAUUAUCAAGGAGCUCACGAUCUCUUCAACUGUAUCAAGUAUAGCAGAAGUAUCAAAGACCUCUAUCUCGAUAAAAACAGACUAACCUCUCCAAACUAUGCUGAACUUCGAAGUCUCCUUUGGACAAACAUCUCUCUCCGGCUCUUCAGUCUAAACGAAUGCCAAAUCGGUGACAAAGGCGCUACAGCCAUCGCCGAAGGCCUUAUCCGCAACAACACCCUCACUCACCUCCACCUCCGCAACAACGACAUCACAGAUCUCCCCGGUAAAGAAAUCCUCCAAACGCUCUACUUCCCCCGCACACACCCUCUCGAAACCCUCAACCUCGCCAACAACCUCCUCGGCUCAGCCUCUUCCGACCUCCUCGUCACCCUCCUUCCCAACCUAAAAAACCCUCCUAAAUAAACUAAACCUCGAGAACAACCUGCUCAAAACCCACAAGUACAAAAUCCUUCGUGUCUUCCUCAGUCAUGGCACUGCCAAUGCCAGCCAAGUGGAGAAGUACAUGGCUGAUAAAAGACAGAAGUAUAGGAGGUAUUUUGGCUCGAAGAUUUCUAAAGAAAAGGCUGAAUUCAUGAACGAUCCAGUAGAAUACGAGCAGACACAGAAGGCUCUGAAGAAAUAUAGGAAGAAGAAGAACGUAGAGACAAGCCAGAUACCUGAUAUUAAUGCUUAUAUUAACGAGGAGAUGGAACAACAGGAGAGAAAGACAAAGAUGACCGAAGAGCAGGUUCAAGGAAUAAGCACACUCAAAUAAAGAAACUACCCAAAGAGCAGCAGAUGUGGCAGGCCAGUUGAAGAGUAAGAAAGAGGAGUUUGAAAAACAAGUCAGCUACCUUAAAAUAAUCACUAAAAAUGUCAUCAGUGAUCAGGGAGAUAUUGAGGAAGAAAUCAAAUAUGUGAAAGAGCAACUUGAGAAGCAUGAAAGACUGUUUAAGAAAAAGGAAGAGCAACUAAACAUGGAAAUAACUAGAGUCGAUGCCAUGAGGAGCAUUGCUGAGAAAAAGUUCAUGCAAACCCAAAGACUCCACCAGAAUGUUACUAAUACCAUUCAAGAAUUUCUGAGUAUAGGAACCAAGAAAAAUAAAAAUGAGGAGCCAAAGGCAUCAGAAGAGGAGGUAGCUCCCUCUCAGACUGAUGUAAUUCGUAAAAGAAAGAAAUCAGUAUCACAAAAGAAAAAGAAGAAGAAGGCAUCUAAGAAAAAGGGAAAAUAAUCUCAUUUUCAAUAUUUUUAACAUAAAAACUGUCAAAAAAUCUGUGAAUUUUUCAUAGUAGCUAACCGGUGGUUUACUACAAAUCAUAUGAUUCCUUUUAAAAUACAUCAUUGAUGUGACUUUGAGAGUUAUUGUCAUAAGUUCAUGUUGUUCACUUGCUGAGAAUUAUCUCAUUCUCUC